AAGGCCUGGCUGGAUCCACUAGGCCCGUUGCCACGGCGCCCAAGCUGUCAUAAUUCUUUGGCUCCCGGCCUGCAAGGCCUCUCCAGCUACUCUCCAGCCAGGGAAGGGGAACGAAUCAGUCCGGCUGGCGCAAUGUCGGACAUUUUUUGGUGGUUCUACGAGAAGGGCUCCCGCUACAAGGCAUCCAAGCACCCCAAGACCACGCCGGACCCUCCGGAGGGGGCCCCCAUUGAGACCCAGGCUUCCUCGGCCCCCGUCGGGCCUCAAACAAGUGGAAAGGAUGCCCCGCUACCCCUGGAGAAGAAGCCAGGGCGGACAGGCCUCAAGGAGCCUGGCCCGCCGAAGAAGGGGUUCAGUGCCGUGUGGAAGAGGGCCUGCUGCCGGGAGACGGCCCAGAUGGAGCUGCAAGAAGAGAAAGCGGGGACCCGGGCUUCGGGGCGCACUCCCAAGGGCUCCGGGGGCCGGGCCCCACAAACAGAUAAAAAAUUAGGGAGGACACCCAGCACCUUGAAGGCGGGCGGGUUCGGAGGCCUGCUCCAGGCGACCAACGCCAAAGCCAAGGGGGACGUUGCGACCCCCAAGUUCCCCCAAGCGGAAGGUGAGAAGGACAAGGCUGUGGAAAGUGGGGCCCCGUUGCACCCCAAUGCCCACCAUAGGAUGGGCACCGUGGGGCCGAAAAAAACCAAGAAGCCCAAAGGCAACGCCCCGGCUGUCGCGCAUGGAAGCAUGGAGAUCAGAAAAACGAGCAGCAACACAUUUGCCAUCACAGAGCAAUUGGAUCUGACAGACCUUAAGCCUGGAGACUUGAUUGAGGUUUUCCGCUUUGGGUACCAGCACUGGGCCAUCUACGUGGGGAACGGCUACGUGAUCCAUUUGGCCCCGCCAUCCGAAUAUGCCGGAGCGGGCUGUGCCAGCCUGAUGUCCACGCUCACCGACAAGGCCUGGGUGAAGAAGGAGCUGCUGCGGGACGUGGUUGGGAACAACCAAUACCGAGUCAACAACAAGCACGAUGGCAAGUACAGCCCGCUGCCAGCCAACAAGAUCAUCCAGAGGGCCGAGGAGAGGGUCGGCCAGGAGCUCGAGUACAAAGUCACCAGCGAAAACUGCGAGCACUUUGUCAACGAGCUGCGCUACGGGGUGGCCAGGAGUGACCAAGUCCGAGAUGCCUUGGUGGGAGUUGGCGUCGCAGGCCUGGGAUUUGCGGCACUGGGACUCAUUGGUGUAGCCAUGGCGAAGAAAAAGAAGAACCAACAGAACCAAUAACAGAGACUCUGAGAAAUUGGGCUCCUCUGAGUUUUUUUUCCUGGGUAUAUUUUUUUGGCUUCUAUUUGGGACCACGAUCCAUAACGUCUUACUCUCUCCUCGGAGGGUGAACCAAUUGCAAUGUCAAGUGUAUUUUCCCCCAAUUUGUUUUUCUCUAAUAUGUAUUAUAGUUUUCUGUAUUUAAAUUAUAUUCCGGUCAGAUGCAAAUGCACAAUACAGUCCCUGCACAUUUCAGUCCCUGUACAUUUUUCCAACCAGAAGAGUUGCCAGAUGCCCAUAUAAAAUCCAGAUUAUCUGCUUUGAACUGGAUUAUAUGGCAAUGUAGACCAGGCAUGGGCAAACUUCGGCCCUCCAGGUGUUUUGGACUUCAACUCCCACAAUUCCUAACACCAUCAUAUAAUACAGUAGAGUCUCACUUAGCCAAGCUAAAUGGGCUGGCAGAAGCUUGGAUAAGCGAAUAUCUUGGAUAAUAAGGAGGGAUUAAGGAAAAGCCUAUUAAACAUCAAAUUGGGUUAUGAUUUUACAAAUCAAGCACAAAAACAUCAUGUUUUGACAGAAAAAGCAGUUCAAUACGUAGUAAUGUUAUGUUGUAAUUACUGUAUUUACGAAUUUAGCACCAAAAUAUCAUGAUAUAUUGAAAACUUUGACUACAAAAAUGGCUUGGAUAAUCCAGAAACUUGGAUAAGCGAGGCUUGGAUAAGUGAGACUCUACUGUAAUCUGAAUUGUAUGGCAAUGUAGAUCCAGCCGGAGAAAGUGCAAUAGCAGCAAUGACUAUUAAUGUUGUAGAAAGGAUCCCCUUAAGAAUAGAUCUAUUUGCAGGUUCAAUAUCCAUGGUUUUAUUUAUCCACAUCUGACAAAAUACGGAAUUUUUAGCAAUUUUCUUGACGCCUCUAUGGUAUUUUGAAGCCACUAGUCCUUCAUUUCAAAAAUGUUUGCUGUUCGCCAUGAUGACGCAAAUGAAGACAGUGGAUGAUGCUUGAUGUCUAUUUAAAGAGUUUGUAUUUUUACCACUGACAAAUUAUACUGUUUGGACUCAACAACAACACAUUUUAUUGAUUAGCCCAUUGGCCGUAUCAAAACAUUUUACACAUAGACAUACAACAUACAAUCAGAAAUUAAAAUAAACAGUUAUUCAGAAAUAA